CGGAGCGGGGGUGGGGGUGGGAAGUCCCGCAGAGAAUGCGAUAGCGCGAGCGCCGGUUUGUUUACACAGACUCCAGCAACAAUCCCAAGAGUCGGAAAGCCAAAGCCACCACAUGCUUCCCAACCAACCGGGGACCAGACGGGACCGUCCUAAGGUGUCCCCGAAGAUCUGCGGGGGUGCAGGAGGGAGUAAGCGAGAAGAAUCCCGAAGACCGGACGGCAGCCUCGGACUCCCCAGCCUCCUGGACCUCGGCCUUCCGUACAAGGCCCAGCCGCCCCGUCCACUGCCGCCACCAACGCCGCCGCCAUCUUACGCUGGCCAGCGGCAGCCACCACCGCCGCCUCCGCUCUCUGCGCUUGCGCCUGCGCUGCCACGCUUUCCGGCCCCGUUUGCGACGCCGUGCUCCAGAAGACUGAGGGAAGAGUGGUCGCCCGAGCUCGCGGCUCCCAACCCUCCUCGAAGGACGCAGGAGGGGCGGGGCCUACGGCCAACGGAAAACACGGCGAGGGGCGCGUGCGCAUUGCUGAGGGGCCAAAGUUUUGUUUUCCCAGCGUGAUACCCCAAACAAAGUCGUGUUAGGGGCUUCCCAGAGCCUCACGAGGACGUCAACUUCUUUCCCAAGAGACUGGCAGGGAAUUUGCUGGGUGGCUUCCAUUCUCGCCGGUUCUGAGCCCUGGAAACUAACAAUUCUCGCCCGAUUUCUUCAAGAGUUUACUUCCUUAUAUGGUUUCUGUGCUACUGAGCCCCGCUUUCCUCUGACAGGCUCCAGGUAGCCGUAUUUAAAGAGGCACUGGGAAACUUGCGGUGCAGCUCAUCUUUCCGAAGAGCGAGGGUCCCCCGGUGAUGCAGGGUGGGUGGCUUUGGUGCACUGCGUGCGGGGCUCUGACAUCUGGAGCAAGGGUGCCCCGCAGUAUUCCCUGCUGCCAGGCCGCGGGACUAGUUAUUAGAAGGUCAGAGCCCUGACCACCGCUACCACAACCAUCCUAACCCACCUACUCUGCUACCAUGCAACAGAGCGCAGCUGAGGUGUCUUGCUAAAAUGUAAGGUCAUUUUAUUCCCUUACUCAGAACCUCCGGUUGCUUCCCAUCAUAUGAAAAUAAUAAAAUGAUAGUAGCUUCCAUGGGAGGCUCUACCUAACCUGGCACCUUUUUUUCCUGAUUUUAACUCCCUAGCUUUUCCUCCACUCUUUCUGACCUUCUCACUCUCAUUCCAACCAAAAUAUGUUUCAGCCCCUAUGGUUUGCUCCUUUUUCUUGAAAUGUCCAUCUGCUCCAUUUUUAUUAGUUUGAUCUCUCCCCAUAAUCAUGUCUUGACUCGGAUGCUGCUUCCUGAGGAGAGCUCUUGACUACUCCAACCAAAGUAAAAUCACACAUAUCAUUCUCUGUUCUUA